AUCAAGGCUAUUUGAGUCAAUAAUCAAGGAAGAAGUCGGAGAUUUCAACUGUUCGAAAGAAACCUUUAUACAUGAAAUUAAAAUUCAACGGGGAUGUAGCUAGUGAUACUCUGAAAGAUAGGUUAAGGAAAGUUAUUAGUAGGACAUUCUACGCAGCCUAUCUUGCAUUGACUUUCUCGAGUCGACCAGUGAUGUGUACUCAAACGAAGGAUAAGUUACAUAAGUUGGCCUCCUCUAUGUGCAUUUAUAAGUUCAGCUGCUCCUGUGGAGAUAGCUAUAUCGGGCGUACUACUAGGCAACUUAACCAACGAAUAAGUGAACAUCUACCAGCAUGGUUUGGGAAGGGCCAAAUAAAAACAAUAAACAGUUCUAUCUUGGCACAUCUAAUUGAUAGUGGUCAUAUUGUAGUUAAAUUGAAAUCAUUUCAAGUGAUCUAUCGUAUACCUCCAUCAUUUCCCAACGGAGUUCGUUCCCGUCUCUUCCAUAUAGCAGAAGUCAUAGGAAUUUGUACAUUCCACCCCAAUUUGUGUACGGAAGAAAUUCGUAACCCCCCUAUCCCUUCCAUGGCCGGAUAUAAUUUAACAAAUGACAUUAUUACUAUUUUUUUUAAUUCCAUUUUUGAUUUUGUUAUCAUUAGCGUUAUUUUCACAUCCGUCAUUUAUUUGUAAUUUUCCGCCUCUUUCCGUUUGUAUUCUUCACUAUCUAAUUAUUUACACAUUUCUUAUUACGUAAUCAUUUUAAUGCUUUGUGAUGACUAUUCUAAGUCUAUUUACCCACGUUGGACC